AUGGGAAGCAAGUGUUGUAAACGGUCGAAAGCGGUUGAUGAUGCGCCCGAAAAUCAAGCCGAAGAAAAGCAAGAAGUGAAAACUCCCGUGAGAGAGGCAACUCCUGCACCAGCCGAAUUCAAAAAUGAAGAAAAGCAAGAACAAGAUCUAGAAAAAGAACCCGAAGCUGAGCCAGAACCUGAGCCUAAGGAACAACCCGAACCCGAGCCCGAAAAGGAACCAGCGCAAGAACCCCAGCUGGAACCUGAGCCAGAAGAAGAAUCAGCCGCAGCGGAGGAAGAUUCUUUUUAG